AAAUUUACACAUAAAGACUAGGUACAGUAGUUCUCAAACAUGACUGUGCAACGGAAUCAAUGUUGAGCUUGCCAAAAAUAGGUUCCUUUUGAAAAUUCAUAUCCCCCAACACACACCCACAUACAUUCUAUUUCGGUAGAGACUGGUACCAGGGCAACCGUAUUUUCCUAAAUAUCUUGGAAAAGUAGUUCAAAAACUUAAGUAAAUCUUGGUCAGUACAAAACUUGGAAAGACUCAUGAUAAAUACAUAAUUCCUUAAUUAAGUAGAGUUUUGUAACAUAAAAUAAUCCACCGUUCCCUUUGGAAUUAUUACUAAUGAAACACUUUCUCGGGGACUCAGACUGAAGUUAUACCACUGCUUCUUAAUCUGUUAAAAAUUAUUUAUUCUCAGUCACUCAGGUAUGAAGUAAAUAUUUACUAAGCGGUUAUUACGCACCAAUGUCUAUUAUGCUUGCUGGAGAUAGUCGCCGUCAUGGAGUUUACAACUAAGGGGAAAACGGAUUAAUUAUGUAGUAUCAUUUUAAGUAGGGAUAAGCACAAUAAUUUUCCUCAAACUACGCCCUUACUUUACAAAUCUUCAGACAUGCUGUUUCUACUCUAGGUGUAAGCCCUCAGAUCUCAGCAUUCUCAGAGGGACUCUCAUCACUAAGAUCCAGGGCCCAUUUAUUUCCUUAUCUCUACCUCUUCUCGGCCUUCUUCAGCUUGCCUUCCUCCACUUUCAAGCAAGUUAACUUUUAAAACGCAGACAGACACCCUGGACCAGCCUCUCCCGCUCUGCACCCGCCCCUCGCUCCCACCGCCGGCCACGCCUCCUACAGGCCGGGAAGUUUUUCGCGACGGGGAGCUGGGAGUCACCGGAAGGGCUCGCCCGGAAGCCCGGGACGCCGGCGCCUGCCAGUUUCGUUCCAGAAGACAGCGAGGCGAGAGGGUUGGGUCGGGUACGGGGUGUGUGUAUAUCUCCUGCGGUGCAUUCUGGGAAAGUCGCUGCGGCCUCCGCUUUGGUUCUGGCCGAAAAGCCGCGUAGGUUUCCUGACAGUCCUCAGCGGCGCCUCUGCUUCCUCCCUGGGUUUUCUGUUCGCGCGGGCGUCCUCCCGCCGCUUGUCGACGCCGCCAGCAUGUCCGGGGUGCGCGCUGUGCGGAUCAGCAUCGAGUCGGCCUGCGAGAAGCAGGUCCAGGAGGUGGGCCUGGAUGGCACGGAGACGUACCUGCAGCCGCUGUCCAUGUCGCAGAAUCUGGCGCGUCUGGCCCAGCGGAUCGACUUCAGCCAGGGGUCGGGUUCCGAGGAGGAGGAGGCGGCGGGGCCCGAGGGCGACGCGCAGGACUGGGCGGGCGCCGGGUCCAGCGCGGACCAGGACGACGAGGAAGGGUUGGUAAAAUUUCAGCCUUCCCUUUGGCCCUGGGACUCAGUGAGGAACAAUUUGAGAAGUGCCCUGACAGAGAUGUGCGUUCUCUAUGAUGUUCUCAGUAUUGUUAGGGACAAAAAAUUUAUGACUCUUGAUCCCGUCUCUCAGGAUGCAGUUCCCCCAAAACAGAAUCCUCAGACAUUGCAGUUGAUAUCUAAAAAGAAGUCACUUGCGGGAGCAGCACAGAUCCUAUUGAAGGGGGCAGAAAGACUGACUAAAUCAGUGACUGAAAACCAAGAAAAUAAGCUACAAAGAGACUUCAACUCUGAGCUUUUGAGAUUAAGGCAACACUGGAAACUUAGAAAAGUUGGAGAUAAAAUUCUUGGAGAUCUCAGCUACAGAAGUGCAGGAUCUCUGUUUCCCCAUCACGGUACAUUUGAGGUAAUAAAGAAUACAGACAUCGAUCUGGAUAAGAAGAUACCUGAAGAUUACUGUCCCCUUGAUGUUCAAAUUCCUAGUGAUUUAGAAGGGUCUGCAUAUAUCAAGGUUUCAAUUCAAAAACAGGCUCCAGACAUAGGUGAUCUCGGCACAGUUAACCUCUUCAAACGACCUUUGCCCAAAUCCAAACCAGGUUCCCCACAUUGGCAGACGAAAUUAGAAGCAGCACAAAACGUUCUCUUGUGUAAAGAAAUUUUUGCACAGCUCUCUCGGGAAGCUGUUCAAUUUAAAUCACAGAUCCCUCACAUUGUGGUGAAAAACCAGAUUAUCUCUCAGCCCUUUCCAAGCUUGCAGUUAUCUAUUUCUUUGUGCCAUUCUUCAAAUGAUAAGAAAUCCCAAAAAUCUGCUACUGAGAAGCAAAGUCCAGAGGACCAUCUUUAUGUCCUAGAGCAUAACUUGCAUCUAUUAAUGAGAGAGUUUCAUAAACAGACCUUGAGUUCCAUCACGAUGCCUCAUCCAGCAAGUGCACCUUUCGGCCACAAGAGAAUGAGACUUUCAGGUCCUCAAGCUUUUGAUAAAAAUGAAAUUAAUUCAUUACAGUCCAGUGAAGGGCUUCUGGAAAAAAUAAUUAAACAGGCAAAGCAUAUUUUUCUGAGGAGCAGAACUGCUGCAACCAUUGACAGCUUAGCAAGUCGCAUUGAGGAUCCUCAGAUACAGGCUCAUUGGUCAAAUAUUAAUGACGUUUAUGAAUCUAGUGUGAAAGUUUUAAUCACAUCACAGGGUUAUGAACAAAUAUGCAAGUCCAUUCAGCUGCAGUUGAAUAUUGGAGUUGAGCAGAUUCGAGUUGUACACAGAGAUGGAAGAGUAAUUACACUGUCCCAUCAGGAGCAGGAGCUCCAGGAUUUCCUGCUGUCUCAGAUGUCACAGCAUCAGGUGCAUGCGGUUCAGCAGCUAGCCAAGGUUAUGGGCUGGCAAGUACUUAGCUUCAGUAAUCAUGUGGGACUUGGGCCCAUAGAGAGCAUUGGCAAUGCCUCUGCCAUAACUGUGGCCUCCCCGAAUGGUGACUACGCUAUUUCAGUUCGCAAUGGCCCUGAAAGUGGCAGCAAGAUUAUGGUUCAGUUUCCCCGUAACCAAUGUAAAGACCUUCCAAAAAGUGACGUUUUACAAGAUAGCAAAUGGAAUCAUCUUCGUGGACCAUUCAGAGAGGUUCAGUGGAAUAAAAUGGAAGGUCGAAACUUUGUUUAUAAAAUGGAGCUGCUUAUGUCUGCACUUAGCCCUUGUCUGCUAUGAUUUUUUCCAGAACAGUUUUCAGAAUUUUUUUUCCAGUGAAGUUUCCAGAAACUUUGAUUUGAGAUGUCUGCAGAUCAACUAUAAGCACAAGGAAAAGAAAUCUUCCAAAGGAGUAUUGUUUUAAAAAAAUAAUAAUUAGCAAAUGUUUACCAAGCAUUUUGAAACCUUUCACUUUAUAAGUGACAAGUGCUUUGAAAUGCGGUUUACAUACAGUUAUAGGGUAUACAUAUGGAGAGAUGUAAAAUAAUACUUUUUUUUAUGCAGUUAACUUGAAAUGUUACUAACUUACGGGUUUGAAUUUGCUUUUUAAAAUAUUCCUUCGAUGUUGACAUCAAAUAAAGCAUAUGGUUAAAAAUUCCA